CAGAAAUCCAACAUGGUUGCCUGUUACAUCGUUAACUUGAUACAUUGUGGAAUUUGAAGGUUAGUUUUGCAAUACUUACGCUAUCUUCUCGUUAUUUACAAGCUUAAUUACAUAAUUCUUCGUUAAAUUAAUGUCUCGUUAGGGAAAAUGUCGUUUACAAGCUUGUCAUAGUUAAACAUUGCGUAGAUUUUCUAACGCCAAACUCGAGGCACGUUGUGAGGUUGCUGGUUCGAUACGUACUGUGGUCCGUGCAUGCUUUUUCACCCGGUUCCAGUUUUCUUUUUAUUCUAAUAUUCUUAUUCUUUGCUUAAUUUCAAAGUUUAUUUGUGAAUUUGUUUUACAAAAUUGUGAUACAGUACGGUAUAUAAUCUCUGAUAAUCUUACUUCUCCGAUAUAUGGAAAUGAGUCCUGUCAUCUGAAUUGCCAAUAUAACCUCGUUAUUUCUGGUUUCAAUCGUGGUUUAUAAACAGUUUUAUUGUAUGGCUUUCUUGUUCCCAGCAACAACUAUGUCAACUAUUAGAUACUGGCUGGUAGCAAGGGAAUACAACCAUAUCCUCAUUAGACACUUUCCUAGCUACGUCCCCCUCCCAAGGCAAAAUUUCCCUUGAGUUCACACUUACUGUAGAUAGGGGUUCAAUGUUUUAGUUAAUGUUAUUUCUGUAUUCAACGUGAUAAUGCAUAAGCCAUUGUUAAUUCAACUUAUUUUUCUUUUACCUUAGCAGUUGCAAUGAUCAUGAAGAAUUUAAUCAUGACACAAUUGCCAUAAAGGCUGCCUCUGUUGUCAACAUAUCAGUCCGUUUUAAGUACAAGAUUUACGAUCCUUGGUGGCACUCAGUUUUUCUGGAUAAUUUCUUUGUCCUAGUGUCAUUUUUCUUUUUCACUGACACCCGUAUUUACACUCACAAUUUCCUCUAUGGAAGACUCUGGGGAUUUAACACCCAAAGUAGAUUUUGCAAGCCUGAAAGAGGAACUUUCCAAAAAUGGAAUGGUUAUAUGCCCUGCUCAAAACUGCAAUCAGGACUUCAGCUCUCUGGGAGGACUCAAGUAUCACUUAAAACAAGCGAACCACCUGAUCUCUGGUGAAAGAAGGUUUAAAUGUGAGCAGUGCAGCUUGUUGUUUCAAUCACGAGUUCAUCUUCGAAACCACAGAGCUGCUGAACAUUCAGAUGGUGAAAGUGGAAGUCCAUUGGUCAGUCCAUUGUCAAGUCCAAGGUAACCACAAUACAACUUAAAUAUUUUGCUGAAACUGUGAUGAAAAAAAUAUAUCAAAUGGAGGUUUGUUCGACAGGGCUGUCCCUAAGAUUUCAAGUUGCUGGGUAAAUACAACAAGUAGGCAGGGAAUCAAACAGUUAGGUUUUUUUUGUUCUAUUUUUGUUCUAUUUUCCUAUGAAAGUAGCCCGGGGCCGCUUUCUUUAUAGUAGCUGGGGAAAAUUCGUGGCCCCAGCUUCUUGACCAUGGCCUGAUUGAGGUCAUGCUACUGUAUACAUCAUGACUUUGCUACAUGUAUAUCAGCAUCUGGCAGCCUCCUGCUUUUGCAGUUGUGACAUGGAUUUUAUAAGUUGUGACAUGUGGGUUGUGAGAUAGCUCUAGUGGUAGGGGCAAGGGGGUUGGAUGGAGGAUUUAGGAACCAAUAGUCAUGGCUUUCACAACCAGUUCAAGUUGCUGGGAAAAUGCAAUAAAUAGGAUGUGAAGUGAACAGCCAAGAAGUUAUUUUGGUUCUAUUUUCCUUUGUUCAGUGAAAGAAGCCGGGGUCAUGCUUGUAGUAAAUGGGGGGAGGGGGGGAGAUUCCUAAUGACAGCCCUGAGACAUACAGUACUUAGGAUCUGUGGUAGAGGAAGAGAUUUUGGAGUGAGAUGGUCAGAUGAUGAAGGAAAAGAGAGCAAAAUAGGAUAUGGAAUAAGCUGAGGAGUGGGUUAGGGAGUUACCGUAUUUAUCCGAUUAAACGCUGUAGCUUUUAUUAAAUGUUUAGCAUUUCAAAUGCAGUGUUUAUUCUAGGGCGACAUUUAUUCGAGGGCGGCGUUUAUUUUGAAACCACUUUCUUUAAAUGACUGAGGACAGUCAUUGUAAAUUGUUUGUAAAUAUUAUAUAAUUUAAAGGUUCCACUGUCUCCCUUAUUUUGCUGAGAUGGAAUCUUAAAUGUCUGGAUGGUGUAUAAAAUUACCAAGUUGUACCAAAGUUGUUCUUAUUAAAUCCUUGAGUAAACGCCACAUUCUUCUGAUUAGGUGCGGCAUUUUCUUCAAGGUGGUGAUUAUUGGUAAUUUUCUUUCCAUCUGUGGCGUUUGAUCUAGGAUCAGUAUAUGGUGCUGUGCAAAGUCAUGAUGUACAUGUAAACCAUACAGUUGUAUGACCUACAUCAGGACUGUCACUAAGAGAUUGUGGCCCCAGCUACUUUGAUAGGAAAACAGAGGAAAACAGAGUCAAAAGACAUCGCUAGCUGUUUGAUUACCCACCUACUUGUUGCAUUGAAAUGUUACAGUUAGUGACAGCCUUGUCGGUGGCGUUUGAUCGAGGAUCGGUAAACAGGGGAGAAGGAUAGGUGUUUGAAUUAUCUUUUACAAUAUUCUUUUUUGUUUUUUUCUGCAGCUUCAAAGAGAAAGAAGCUUAUACCUUUGCACCUUUUUCUAACUCUUCAAACCACAAGACAACACAAGUAAGAACAGAGAGCAUUAACCUUGAGAAUUCUUCAGAAGUAAACUCGCAAUGUGACUUCUUGGGUGACAUGUCGGCCUCAGGUUCUCAAAAUAACGGAAAUGUGAGCUGCUCAGGCAGCUCAACUAAUCAAGCCUCUUUAGGAAAAAGUAAAGACUCAAGUGAUUCUGUGUUAGAAUCGAGAACUAGUGUACCCGAAGCAAAUUCAUUGUGUAGUGAGAAUCAUGCUAGAUUUGUAGGAUCGUCAAAAAGAAAGAGAGGUCGACCCAGAAAAGCAGAUUUUGAAAGUACUGUCAAUGAAGUGUCGUCCUUGGCUAGUCCAUGUCCUGACCAAUUAAGUGAGAUUUCGUCAUCAUCUCGGGUGAACGCUAACGAUAAAAUACCCCCAAGCGACAUAACACCAGCAAGGAGAACUUCCUCAAGAGUUCGGACACCACGAAAGAUUUUCUACAUUGAUGUGGACAAGUCAAAAGAUGACAAUUUGCAGAGUUCCUCAAGGAAAAGAGGGAGGAAAAGAAAAAGUAUGACGGAAGUGAAUAGUGAUGAGGACGAUGAAACCGAUGUAGCGAAAAAACUGGAAUAUAAGACACCCAAGAAACGGGGGAGAAAGCCCAAAAGAACGAAUAUUACAAGCGAGGAUGUUGAUUCUGUUAGAGAGUGUAAUGAUGAGAGUGUUAGCAAUAAUAAUGGGAAGGAAAAAGUAGAAGAAAAGCGCAGUGUUGGUUGCAGUGAUCAGGUUGUUAUCAAGGUUGAAGAUGAGCAACAAGAAAAUGAGGAAUCUUCUAGUGGUGUUGGUGAGAACAAAAAUGGUGACGAUUACGUUGAAGAUGAUCAUCAUGGUGAUGAUGAUGAUCAUGAUGAUGGUGGUGUUGAUGGAUCUUGCACUCCUGGAGUUACAAGAACCGAUGCAAAGGAGCAAAAUGGAAAAGAAAAUAGUAAGUUAUGGAGUAAUACAGGUAGAGUACAACAUUUUUCUUCCCUUACUAUCACUUAUUUUCGAUUUUGCGAAUUUGGAAUAGAAAUAUUUCGCGGCUCUUAAAUUUCGCGACUUUAUCGAAUCACCGUGUUUCAAGGUAAUUAAAUUUUGCGAAUCAAGUAAAAUGGUGCUCGUUUUUUAAACUUCCAACUCUGCAUAAUUUAUUUAAACAUAAUAAUGGGAUAGAAACGCAACAAGCAACUUGCUGUAAUGUUCAACAAUGUCAGAAACAUAACAUCUUUUAAAAGUACACUGAUAUAAGCAAUGGAGGAACUAUUUAACUCGAUGGCGCUGCCAAUUAGCUUUGUGAUAAGGAUCUCCUCUUUAUAGUUUCAAAUGGAUCUUCAGGCGAUAAGGUGGUCUUCCCCUUAGCAAGUUCGGAUGUUCCCGCUUUGCUCCAUCCAUUUGCAAUGUGCCGCUUUCCCUUACUGCGUGUCAAAUGGUAGCCUGAGAAAACAGCUGACAUCUCACGACACCACCAAUGGUUUCCCCACGAAAUGACGUCUGAGAAACGCCCGCAGAAAUUCCUUACUGAUGACGCGUCACUACCCAGAUCAGGGUAGUGCUUCUGCUUGGUCGUGCCCCGUGAGAAAUUUGAUUCAACCAAUCAGAAGCACUACCCAGAUCUGGGUAGUGACGCGUCAUCAGUAUGGAAUUUCUGCGCUCGUUUCUCAGACGUCAUUUGGCGGGGAAACCAAUAGUAGUGUCGCCUGAAAUGUCGGCUUUCUCAGGCUAGUCAAGUGGUUGUAAAGGCUUACCAGCCCUGUGGCCAGUAAGGUCUUCAGCAAAGACAGCCUUAAAUCGACCUCAAUCUCAUCGGGUGCUGUUUCCCGACUUCAUUUGUUUCUCAGUGAACUUUGACCGAAUACCAAGUUGUAGUUGACUUACUCCCUGGUAAUCCUACGUCACCAGGUCGUUCCUGUUACACUAGGUACAUGUAUUUUACUUGCUUCUACCAUUUUCCACUAACGACACUAAAGAUUUUGCUCUCUCAUACCUCAGGUACCAAAGAAAACACUUCAACCAAGAAAUUGGGAAGAAAACCAAAGCGUCGUAAGGUAUGAAAACUAUGUUGUGUCCCGUAUUUAGUAUGAACAUGUUUUGUAUUCAGGAUAACGAAAUGGUUGCCAUAGCAUUAACACCCCCAAAAUACCCCCCUCCCCCCCACCUCCCCUGAAGUACCCCUGGUGUUCGCGAUUGUACAUGUUUGCAUAUUCUCGAAUAUAUGCUUAACAGCACUACUGUUUUAUGAGGUACAUGUCAAUCUUGUUGCUUCUUAUACUAAAACGUAUUUUGUUGUAUUGCAGGGAGAGGUUUCAGAGGUAGGUAAUCAUCCCCUGGGAUGUUCCUUCCAUUAUACGAAUACCUUCUAGUAAAAUUUAACUAGAUUUUAAAAAUUUCAUACAUGUACAGUCUAAACAAAAUACGAAGACCUUAAGGUCACUUGCGAAGGAGAUGUUUAGUUACAAGAAUCGAACCACAGGAAUUUUGUCUUAUCCGUUCUCGAGGUCUACCCGUGUUUUCUUUAUGAAGAUACUUUAUUACACGCAAUGUCUAAGUUACUGAAUGUGCAGUUCCACGUUGUCACUAAAGACUUUUCGUAUGCUCCGAGUAGCACAUACAACGAACAUGGAGUUCAGACCAAGUGUCAAGUGAUCAUUUAUAAGAGGUUAAAAACACUGGAAAAUUAUCAACUGAUCAGUUCAAAUCAGUGGUGGCGGUCGGUUACAGGUCCAUUGCGGUACUAGUUUACCAGAGGUUCUAGCUGUAAGGAUUUGACAGCAGCAGUUUAAGGGUUUGGGGUAUUUAGGAGGGAGUUUACGGUCAAGUCGGCCGAAAUUUUUAGUUAAGUCACCCGAAAAGCUGAGUUAUGUGGCUCAAAGUUUUAUCAUGCUUAAAAACAUCAUAACAUCCUUAUUACACAUUUGUCGCGCUUGUUUCGUUUUAUCGAAGGUUAAAGAACGAGAUAUAUAACUCAUUUAUCGCCCUUGUUUCGUUGUUAUCAAGGGGUAAAUAGCGAGAUAUAUUACAUGCACACAUUUACACCCUCCGGUAGUUUCGUCUCAUCAUUACUUUAAGAACGAGGUAUGUAACACAUUCAUUCUGCUCGUUUCGUCUCACGAUGGUUUAAAGAACGAGAUAUAUUACAGAAACUCUUUAUUUGACAAAAAUUGACUUUGUUUCUCUGUGCACUUCACCCGAUAAAAUUCAGGCGACAUGACUCAGCAUUUUGGGCGACUUAACUUGGGUUUUGGGCGAGAUGACAUUCGGGCGACUUGACAGGUUACCGGUCUCUUACUAGAGGCAGUCGCACAUGAACGUUUAAACUAGACUGUGGUACUAAAUCAAUGAAUGAAAGUAUUUUUGCCAUGUUUCUUCAUUAGGUCACCCUACUGAAGGAACAGACAAAAUAUGGAAAGAAAUUAAUUUGUACAAAUGAAGGAUGUGGGGCUAAGUUCGCUUCAGCUCUUGGAUAUGUGACGCACAGAAAAACGUGUGGCAUAAAAGAGGAGGAGAGAGAAAAGUUUUCCUGUGAGAUAUGUGGAAAGGAAUACAACAGUGUGCCAGGACUUACAUAUCAUAUGAAGACCAAACAUGUUGAGGUACUUGAAAACCUUCAUUCACGCAGCUACUUCAUAUCAUGAUAAAGUUCCGAUAUAACGCGAAUUCUGAUUGGUUUAGCCUGUUCCAGGCUCCGGGUUUGUCGGGUCCGCGAAAUUGAGGAAGCGUGAACACGAAAAUAAAACGAGAGGAGACUGGGGAGAGGAAGGUUUUCCCGCCACCGCCCCCUUUUCCUAGAUCACGCGCUCAUAUUUUCGUGCGCCUUUCACUUACGCGUGAUUCCCACCAUCUGACAGGCUAUGAUCGGUUGAAAAAGCGUGCUUUAUGAGCGUAUGAAACACGGACUUAAAACGAUCACGCCAUCUGCCAAAAGUUUGUUUUGAAAAUUAGAAAGUAAUGCCUGGGAAAUUUAACGGAUUCUUGAUCAUAAAACAAAUAAAGAAGCCUUGACUAAGCUCUCUUCUGGUUUAAAGCACUUGGAAAGCGGUUAGAGCGCUCAAGAAGUUGGGACUACAUCUCUUGUUUUUGCCUCCACGUCUUUUGUGCUUUAGCCACUUCCUGCGUGCUUCACAAUAGAACUUAGCACAGUCUCGAGGCUUCAUCAUUUGUUAAUUAAGCACUUUUUGAAUAACUUUUGGUUGUCACUGGGCGAAGGGUCUUAAGAGGCCUUUAGAUUUGAAGACGAGGACGACUGGAAGGACGAGAAUUAACAGAAAGUUUUUUUCGCGUAUUCUCAAAAAAUAGACACCCCGUCAAGCCUCAUUUUACUUUUUUCACCAGAUAGUUAACACGGUUAUUAUUUGAUCGCAAAUGAUAAAACUUCUCACAUUUGAUUAUUUGUUUCGGUCAGUACUACACUUUUGGCUAAAAUUUUUUGUAGAAUGACAAAGGGUAUCGCGUUUUCCCGUCAAAACGACGCUGGUUCACGCGCGCGCACUACUACGUAUUGAACCCUGGAUAAAAAUAAAACCUGAGGUUAAGGAGAUAACAACAAUUGCUUUAUUUUUUCUUUUAUUCUUAGAGUGAAACUGAUAGCAAUGAUCAAACCAAGGAAAAUGAGGUACGUGUUACAUCUGUGUGACACUAAUUUUGAUCAAAACUAUACCAUUAUCCGUUUUGGUCUCAAACUGUUUUGUCCCUAGAGAAAAUAAAUUAUUUUCAAGUUUAUGCAUUGUCUGUUGUUUUGUGUUAAUCAUGAGCUUAGCAGUUUCUUACCCUACUUUCUAAAUUGUAAAAUAUAAAAAUCCAGCCCUUCAUUUACUCCCGACAAGACGUGAUAGGUGUAACGAUUUAUGGCUUGAAUGCCUUUGUUUCUCAGGAAGCUGCAGAGCCUGAAGUUACAGAGACUGGGCGAGUCAGAAGAAAGGCGGCAUCAAGGUUGGUAACAACUAAAAAAAAUUAAUCACUUCCAAGUUUUUUGUCAAAUCUGCCUCUGGUAAACGAUGUGAUGGGAAGAAUCCCUCACUGUGAGGCAAAGUUAUGCAGCAGGGUGGGGUAAGGUUGUCACCGGCACCCGGGAAAGGGAUGGAGGGGUAAAAGAAAAAUGCUUUCCGUAGGUAUUUCUUCCAAACUCUUUACAGAAAAGCAUGCUAUGGCAGAAUAUGCACAAUCCUGCUUGGUAAAGGUUGGUUUCCAUAAUUUUUCAGAUUGCCUUGCGUUCUUUAUUGUUUGGGACUAUGAUAUGAAAACCAAACCAUACGCAGUUUCACUUCAGUUGUAUCCAGGUGACUGUGAUCGCCUCAAUAAUAAAGCAGUUCGUUUGGUGAAUACUUGGUGCUGCUUCGCAGACGGGCGUGGUUUGAUUUCGUUUGCGACGCAGGCUAUAUUUUCAUUGGCCCGUUAAAAUCACACUUGCUUUUAUUUUUAGCGACGAGGACAUUGUUAGGUCAUUCAUGUAUUGUUUCGUCUGAGAGAUUCGCAGCGACCUCAUUCUUCCCACAAUGAUAGGAUAGAGCAAACACCGUUGAUUUUUCUUUUUCAGGGCCUUAUCCAAAGUUCACCAAUUAGCAACAGAUCAUGAUAUGGUGUCCAAAACGGAUGAAGCAGAAGAGAGUGAUAAACCCAUAAAGAAAUCUGACAUUGACCAACUGAUCACCGCAAUUCCAGGCAGACAAGUCUCCCAGAAAUUGGAAGAGCGGUGGUCGGAGACGGUGGAGGCUGGGAAAAAUAUCAAUUGCCCUUGUAAGGUAACUAUCUCAGGCCCCUCUGGGAGUGACGUGUACAGCGUGCAAAGAAAGUGGUGUCCGACAGCCCGGGGCUAGUGGAUUUUGCAAUUUGGCUAGUGAAUUCUGUUUGCAACUUGCCCGACGGGCAAGCGAUCUUUUUUGAGGAAUUCGAAAAACAGAAGAACUUUGAGAUCAAUUCUGCUCUUCAAAAAGCUUUUGGGCUAGUUGAAAUGACGUCUGGGCUAAUAAAUGUUAGCUUCAACUUGCCUGAAUGGCAAGCUGUAAAAAUGAUUUUCUUUGCAACCUGCGUGUAUCGAUUUUUGAUUGUUGUUGAUAGUCCUGUCAUGUAUGUGUUAACGCUGUAUUCUACCAAAUAUGGGUUGUUUACCUUUUAUAUGUGUAAGGGUAAGCAAAAUAGAAAGGAAGAGACGUUACGUCGCGUUGCCGUGGUAACGAAUUUUUGGAUCGCAAUGAACCUUGGUCCUGCAAAGAUGGUAGAAAAAAAAAACUAAAAAAAUUGACAUCUACGACUUUCCUGAGAAUGAUUGCACUUAAGGAACAAAACGAUAGCUCAUGCUUUUCAUCCAUCAUUUGACAAUGCAAUUGCCCACCACUGUCACGACAGGUUGUUGAGAUCCAGAAAUCUUGCUACCAUGGUAACAUAACGUCGCACUUCUCCUCUCUAUUGAGGAUUCGUCCCGGAAUCGCGUUUACCAUUUUUACUUAUUAGGAAAAAUAGCCGCGAAGGCCUGGAACUGGUAUCAAAGAUGGCUUUGAAGAAAAGGAACACGAAUUUCCGUUGGGAACAUUCCCUACGGAAAAACAGGACUACCUUUUCAGAUGUCCCGUUGCUCCCGGAAAUCUUUCGCUGAAAUAACCCAAACAGUCGAGUUCCAUUAACUUCCUAACCUGAGCGGAUUUUCCGAAAACCUUUUUUAAAAAUAGUAAACAUCCACUAUCAACGUUUCUGUCGAAGUUAUCACGUUUCAACGAGGGUUGUCCUAUACACACGACUAGAUUCCACUGGAGAAACAUAUAGAUUCUCCACUAGGCUCCCCUAUCUUUCAUGAUUUGUUCAGGCCAUGAUGUGGACCUCUUGGCUCUUAUGCGCUUGUCUUACCUAAUAUUUACAAAAACUAUUUGAUUAACUUUGUUGUAGAAGAAUCCUCUCUUUUGGCAAAGAUGAAAGGUGAUGUUACACGGGACGAUUCGCAACCACGAUUGUUAGCGCAGCACAGUGUUGAAACAUUGAUGCGACAUUGAUAUGAAUUCUUACAACAUUGUUCUAAAGCUCUGUGUUUCGCUAAAAAUCGCCGUUGUCUCCUUUGACGAAGAUGGGCGGGACGAUUCGUUACGACGAUCGAUAGCACAACACAGUGUUGCAACAUUGAUGCCACAUUGAUUCGACUGGUCACAACAUUGUUAACGCCGUUUUGGCCUAAAGGUGGGUCGAAUCGUCCCGUGUAACAUCACCCUUGAGUAUCGUUCAUGAGGCGAUUGAUUUGUUAUUUACACUACUGAUCUAUUGCCGACCUAAGCUGUAUUUGUAAAGACUUACAUGCCAAGCUGUAACGUUAAAAAUGACUAGAGACAGUCAAUGUUUCUUGCCGCAAAUUUUGUCCUUUUUUAAUUUAUUUUUCCCAGGGCUGUUUGGAGAAGUUUCCGUCUAUCGUCAGCGUCAAAGAUCAUCUAAAAACCUGCGAGAAGGCUGUGUCUCAUAAGUGCCUGGCGUGCGGCAAAGUGUUUACGGGUUGGAUGGUGGCACAGAAUCACGUGAAACACUGGCACGUGGGAUACUCGGUAACUGCUUUUUUAUAUUCUAGGGAAGUUUUGAAGAAUAGGGAAUUUAAGCAACAACCUUUUUGAGCGACGCACGUCAAUCCGAAGUGAACUUUUUGCACACUCGAGUUGGGAUUUUGAACAAACCUUUGGACAAAUCGUCUCUGUAAGAGUAAGGACGCUUAGCCAUACAAAUUUGGUGGCGUCAAGGCAUAUUAGAAGAGAAAAGAAGCUCACUUCUGUUUGACGCGCGUCGCUCAAAAACACCCAAAUUUUCUCGGUGAAAUCCUUCUAGUUGAAACCUCUCUGUCGAUAUUGUAAGCCACAUUUACCCAUAUUGUAACCUUGAAAAUACAUGCAAUACAUUCUCUUCAAAAUGUAGAUAUGUCCGGACUUCCCCUCGUAAAAGACCUUCUGUGAGUUCGACAACCGCUAACCCUUUGUAUUUUGGGCGGUCGCUUAAGGGAGGGUCGACUAUUGAACCUCCAUGUGCGAUCGUCUCUCCUAAGCAUGAGCGACCACCCAUCCAAAACACCAAAUUUUUUCCCGUCAAAUCACAACAGCUGGAACCUCUCUUAAACGAAUUCUUGUCUCAAGCGACCGAGGCCAUUUUUAGAUGAAAGUUUUAGAAUUUUCCAUUAUUUUUUCCUCCUGUAAACAACCACUUGAGACAUGAAUUGAUGUCUAUGUUCGCUGUAUGUACUACACUACUCAGAGUAUGCGAAGAACGUUAAGUGACAACAUAAAACUAUUCAUAUCGUGAAAUAGAAAUUGCGGGAAAUUCCAGGACUUACGUUUCACAGAUUUCCCAGGUACAGUUCACUGGUAUCCCGCAACGAAGGGUAGCACUUUACUAUCUGAUGGAUCUAACUCUGUCUCCUACAUGUCAUUACCAAUUUAAACAGGGUGAAACAAAGAUCUACCCCUGAAGCCUACUUGUUUAGUUAUUCACCAAGUGGCUAAAAGUUUGACUAUUGAAGUAAGAAGAGCAAGAAAAUUUUGAUUAUAAAAUAAUGGUGGGCAGACAAAAAAUUGUCGGCCAGAAAAGAAACACAUUUUGUGCAUGAAGAGUUUGAAAUAAUGAAAAUGGCUGCCCAUCAUUGCUAUUAGAUUUGAUUUAAAGGUACACACACAGAGAUCUUAAAAUAAGAGUUCGAUUUCGCCAAUAUUGCAAAUAAUGUCAUUUUUGAUGUUCUCGAACGUAAAGAAGGCUUAACUCUAAAUUGAAACUUUAGCCUGCAGGAAAGGACAAAUCUGACUCCAGCGAUGCUGAUUAUGUAGUAAUCAGUUCAGACGAGGACGACGAAGAUGAAGACUGCGUUGAAAUUGAGGAGAUAGAAGACAGCGGUAGCGAGAUACUGGAAGACUCUGAUGAAGCCGAAGAGAUUGUUGUUUGGGAUGACACCACAAAGAGGAACAGCAGAUUUAAACUACAGCAGAGGAGGGAAAGUAAAAAAAACGCCAAACUCUAUGUUAACUCUGUUGGAAAUAGAAACAGCACGGCUUAUAAGGCGACGGAAAAAUGGUACGUUACAGUGUAGUUAUCUUCUUGAGAUUACCAUUUCUAAGGUUAUGUUCACACGCAAAACCAGUACCUGCGCACCGGCUCUAAAAUGGCGUUGUGUUCACACCAUAACUGAGGACCUGUUUACAUGGAGGUGGGGGACCCCAGGUAGGUGAGGUAACCCGCUUUGGUGGGUUAACCCGCCUAUUCAGAUAAUCCCUCAUUUAAAUUUGAUCACGGUUACAUGAUAGGUGGGGUGAACCGCCGCAUGUUACCUCACCUAUCUGGGGUCCCCCACCUUCAUGUAAACAGGCCCUAACUGUGUCAAGUUAUCUUCAUCUCGCCCAGUCAGGCAUUACUUUGGGACGUAGCUUAGGAGUUAUCGAUAUGCAAGGCAGUGAGUUGUCGCGAAACUAACGGAAAACGUGUGCUCACGGGGACCCAAUACCCAGUUUAGUGCUAGGGUACAAUGCCUCGACCUGUAUUCGUGUCUGAAUUCUUGCCUGCGUAACAAGCGUUUCCGCGCGAGUUCGUCGAGAAAGUUAGGACGAGAGCAAAAAAGAGGAAUAAAGGGGGAGGGGAGGGAGAGAAAAAAAGCUUUUAUUCUUCUUUUCCCCACCCCCUCCUCCUUUUAACUUCCAUUUCUUUUGCUCACGCCCCAAUUUUCGCGCGAUAACUCGAUUGGAAACGCUCGGUACGCAGGCCAUUUGAAUUUAGACGCGGGCACCUGAAAAAUUGGGUGUGUUCACAUUUUUUCCUAGCGAGUAGCGUACUCGUGGCACUAAGGGUGAACAAUGUUUAUGCCAUUUUGCUGGAGGUCGGUUUUUCACUAUGUCAGUGGUUUGAAGUGUUGUUUCUUUUCACACACACUGCAGGCGCAAGGAAGCAUUCAAACACAACGAGCUGUUCCCUAACUUGAGACCCUCCUUAUCUUAUUGGUCAGCGGUUGAUUCCAGGUGAGUCGAGUUAGUUUUAGCAACCUUGAUCCCAGGGUCUUCUCAUUUCCAGCAUGGCGGCGGCAAAAAAGAUUACACGCUUGUAACUGGAGACGAAAAUGGUAAAAACGUCUCUGAAAAAGUGUCUUCGGGCCCCCUUAAACUUAAUUUAAAUUGGUGUUGGUGUUCUCGUUAUGCGGAAAACACCCGCCGAGGAUAGAUGAUUUGCGAGCGCACAGCAAAACAAAUUCUCAGGCAACCGCGCCUCUCAGCCAAUCAGAGCGCGCGCACUGUAUUAGUUAUUCUAUGAUACAUUGUACAAUCGUGGCAUCACUAUUGUGGGUGUUGCGAUAGCCAAUGACCACAGAUUCAACCAUUUCGAUGUUUUCGCUAAUUAUCGAUAGUAAUGAUCUUGUUCCGCUGUCCGUCUUUUCAUGGUUUUGAUUUCAAGGAUCAAUAUUACUUUCGUUAGGUACUAACUUCUUUUGUCUCCAGAGUCUGCCGCAUUUAAAACGAUUUUUUUUUAAAUACUAUCCGUUAUUCUUUUUAUUUAUCUGCUGUAUUUUCAUAUCUCCUGCUUCCCUCCUUCUCCCCGCCCCCUGCCGCCUCCACCAAAAAUUUAAUUAAUUUAACGUCACUAUUGCAAUACUAUCGUAGUAGCAUCGCAGUACUAGUAUUCACAAGUAGUAGUAUGUAACACCUUGACUUAUAUUUUUGGCUUUGUCUGAUGCCGUUGGGUUUAGGAGUUUUCGUCCCUUGAAGAAUUUCAGAACUACCUUAGUUAAUUUUUUAAUUUGUUUUUUAUUAUUAUUAUUCUAUUUAUUGUUGCAUGUAAUUUGUACUUUCAUAUUUUGUUAGUGGUUGGUGUGUUGCCUAACCGCCUUUUACCAGCCUAAUCGAGAUAAUGAUGAUGAUUUUGUGGACAUGUUAAAUUCUGUAAGCAGAAUACUGUAAUGCUGAAAAUUAACUCUGCAAGACAUCAACACCGAUUCUUCAUUCUUCAUGAUGAUGAUGAUGAUGAUGAUGAUGAUGAUGAUGAUGAUGAUGAUGAUGAUGAUAAAGUAAUAUCUAAGAAAUCAUGACACAGCUUUAUUUGGUUUCUAACUUUUAAUUUUGAUGUUGUUUUAAAAGUGAAAUAGAUCAGUAUGUGCCUAAAGCGUCCAAGUCACCACAGUUUGUGGUUCGACGGCCAAAACAGAAAACAGGCGGAGAAGAACUAGUACAGCUGCCCUUAUUUGGAAGCACAGCCAAGAGUGAUAGUAAGAGAAUGCACUGACAGUUACUUAUAAUUUGAAUUUUAGCCUGCGUGGCUGGCGGUUUCAUUUGUCGAGCCCGCAAAUGAGCACCGAAGUUGCGAGCAGAAUAGGGCGCGCGCCUCGUAGCCUGCAUGACAAGCGCAAAAAGGGGAGAGGGAGGGAGAGGAGGGAGGAGGGGGAGGUGGGGGGGGGGGGGGGGGGGAACCUUAGGUUUUUUGUGUUAUGUUUUUUUGUGCGGGUGGCGGGCGGGGUUGUUGUGCGUGUGGCAGGAGAGAAGGCGGAGGGUGGGGCGAGAGGGGGGGGGGCCGCCGGGGGCGCAGGAGGAGGGGGGGGAAGGGGGGGGGGGGGGGGGGGGGGGGGGGGGGGGGGGGGGGGGGGGGGGGGGGGGGGGGGGAGAAAAACACGAACGGAAAAACGUAACCCUGACUCUCUCUCCCCAAUCCCCCUCCCUUUUUUCCUUCCUCCCACUUCCCUACCCCCCUUUUCCCCCCUCCCCUUUGCACCUGCUACGCUGGCUACACGCUUCGCUUUUCGCGCACGCUUUCACAGCUUUUUCUUUCUCCCGAAACAAACCGCCAGCUAGGCAGACUAAUUAAAAUUACACUUAGCAUUAGUAAUACAACAUUAGGUAUUUACAGAUGGCCUGUGACAGUGAACCUUUGUUCUAUACUCUGGAGGAGUCGCUUCGCUUCUCCAGUCGGCCAUUUAUAGGUUCUGCCGUUCAGUAGACCUGUACCGUUCUAAACCUCUUAUUUCGCUGGUCCCCUUUAAUCUGCACUUCCAUUGUUUUCAGGGAUAGGGGCAUUGUUACGUGACAAUCCCUAUUGUUUUCCCGGCUAUUUACAAACAAUCUUUCAAAUAGGUGCGGGAUCACCCUUAGCGUUAAUCGGCUCAAACGCUCUCAAUCUCGCUUGAUGGGAUGUUCCUUUGUCUUCUAUUCUUUUAAUGUCGUCACGCAACGCACCACGAAUAACGGCUGCAGAGGAGGCUAGAUACGCUCAAACCAGUUUUAAAUUGUCAAGAAAAAAUUUUAAUUUCACUCUGCACAAAAUUUUAAAGCCGCUGUCUAUUGAAAGGGGGAAAAAACACUGAAUGGUCUGUUAACUUUCAUAUCAUGACUGUGUAUUUUGUUGUUUUGUUUUCCAUAGGUUCAGUCUUUGGUGAUGUGACUUUCAAUGUUGGUGGACCUGUGUGGGCCAUGGACUGGUGCCCAAUUCCUGGUACGUUCGGAGACGUUGCAUUACAUUUUAUUUUAACAGUUUACGAACCUUUUUCUCUUUCCUCGACAGCUUCCUGUCAUGGACUGGGUGAAAUAAUCGACUUCACCUUUAGUUGAUCCAGUACCGUAAAAUUCCGAAAAUAAGCCCCGAGGCUUAUAUUUUUCAGAGGCCCUUUUUGAGGGGCUUAUUUUUGGAGGGGCUUAUCUGCGGACAAAAAUUUGCGUUUCAAAAUCGAUUGGGCUAGCCUUAUAGUUGGAAGAAAAUUUACCGUUUUUGCUUUGUUUUACUUUAUAUUUGAGGGCAAUUUCCAAGUACAAGCUCCGGGGGGGGGGGGUUUAAAUUGGGAGGGGCGAUUUAAGGGGGGGUUUUUGGCCUCAGGAGUUUGGGGGGUUUUUCAAUGGGAGGGCUUUUUUCCGGAAUUUUAGGGUAUUUAAACAAUUUUUAACAAAAAAAGGGUUAACCAUUCCGCCCCCGCGGCGCAGGGUUAGUCUUUAGUUUAUUCUUUUAUGUAGCAUGUAAGAUAUGAAUAAAUUUCUGUGUCAUAAAUUAACGGGCCUAUCAAAUGCUGUCUGAAUUGUCUCUAACAUUAUAUUUUCUUUUCAUUAUAGAUUGGUUGUAGUUUCAGAUAUAAGUUACUGGGGGGGGGAUGGUUUAUAUUUGGAGGGGCGAUUUACCGGAGGGUUUUUGCCUCACGAGUUUUGGGGGCUUAUACAUGGGAGGGCUUAUUUCCGGAAUUUUACGGUAUUUAAACAAUAUUUAAACAAAGAAGCGGUCAACAUUCACGCGCAGCGGCGCACGGUUAGUCUUUGAUUCCAUACAAUUUUAAAGGCCGUUAAGACUUUUGGCGGGAAAUAGUUUAUUGUUGGAUGUCAUGUGAUCGCGAAGUAGCCAAUGAGAGAACCUUCUUUUGGGGGAAAUUCCAACGAUGAAUUGCAUUGGAACCUGUAUUAAGCGUACCCCAUAUUAACCGGAGAUAGCGUCAGUUAGCCCUAACCUUGUCUUCCCAUGUUUUCUACCAAAGUGAAACGAUCCUGUAUUUCGCGGACACCUUUAUCAAGGUGACGCUAGCUGGGGUCCCGUGUGUGUCAUCGCAUUUGCAUGUUGAACGAUUCCUUCGCGUUAUCGAUCCUUGACUGGUAACUUGUUCCAGACCAUUACAAAGAGCUCUGCCCUUCACAUACUGUAUAAAGAUUCCUCUUGUAGAAUUAUGGAUUUGUAUUUUUAGCUCAAGUUGCUUUUUAUGAACUGCUUCUUUUUAGAUUCCAGAAAUAGUGAAAGUCAGUUCCUGGCGAUAAGCACUCACAGAUCACUGGACCAGGUAAUUUUUUGCACAUAACAGGCUUUCUAAUGGGGAAUAUCACAAAGAGAAUUCAAGAAAGUAGAAGAAAGCGGGGAUGGGGGGAAAAGAGGAGGAAAGCCUGUAGACAAAGCAGAGCUUUCAAUACGUUUCUGCUGAGAUAGAUGCUUUAAUGUGAUCAUAGCCUCAAUAUUGACAAGAGCUUUUAGUGUUUUCGUAGCUUAACAUUAGCUUCCUUAGCACGUCAUUUUAACAUCCUCUCUCACUAGGUACAUUCUAUACAUAAGACCAUUUCUAAGAAGGGACUCAUACAGCUGUGGGAUGUUGGGAAAUUAAAGGUCAAUUCUGCAAGGUAAAACUUUAUUUUUGAGCAAGCUGCUUUGUGCUUUGCCAUUUUGCAGUGUGCCUCUGAUAACAUAUACUGUGUCUUCUCUCUUAAAUAGCGGGUCAGAAAAUUAUGCCAGAUUUUAAUGAUGAAAUUAUAAAUAAGACUGCCUCAGCUCCUCUAGACAUUUGAUAAUUGUAUCACGGAAAAAUAAGUGGCUGUCCGAAACAGUAAAAUGAACGUCUUUGAAAAGUACGCCCGAAUAAAUUUCAUGCUCAAGCAAACGCUGACCUCGCUUUCCUUUAUGCUUGCAACUUAACUCUGUCAUUGAAAUCCGGUUUUCUCUGUUUUUUCCCUCAUUUUGGUUGCUCACAUUGGCAUUGGUUGCAUUUGUUCAGACGGUUAAGAGGCUUGUGUAUUGUCCGUUUAAUUAUCCUUUUAUUUACCACUUUUGAUGUCUUUCAACAGUUCUGGGUCAGGACCAACUUUGUCCCUUGGCAUUGCUCACAAUUAUGGUGCCAUAUGGGACCUCAGUUGGUGUCCUUCGGGAACAUGGGAACCUAAAUUAUCCACUAAAAAGCAGGUAUGGUACCGGUAUAUAAUUGUAAGUCAAUGCUUAAACAGUAACAUACGUUGCGUGAAAAUGUUCCAGUGAAACAUUAGAAUCAGCUGUGUGGUGACGAUUUGGCCGAAAGUUUGUAAGGAUGCAAAAAGUCCACUUCCGGUUGACGUGCGCCGACCAAAAACGGCUUUGCUUGAAGAAGAAGAACAGUUUGACCGUUCGAAAUAUCGGGAAUAUUCAAGUCGCUUUGUUUGUUGCUGUUUUGUUAUUACUGAACAGUUAAUUUGCUUGAACUCCCUAGUGUCCAACAUCAAGUUCCCCGGAUAUUUUUUGUCGUCAAAUAGCAUAAUGAACUGGAAUGGACUUGCAGCGAUUCAAAUGUUGUGUUUUGCUUUGCUUUUCAGAAUGGAGCCCUCUCCCGUUUAGGUUUGAUGGCUGUGGCCUGCAGUGAUGGCCUUAUUCGUAUCUUCAGGUAAAAUAAAUAGAGAAUCAAUUAAAUAAAAUUAUUAAUAUCAUAGGUGACGAAUUACUCCUUAAUUUUGGCGCGAAAUUUCAGCUUUAAUUUUUAAUUUCACAUGUGAAAUUACAAAAUUGCCAUGGCAACCCUUCCGUACGUCUCAGUGUCAAGAUGGCGACGAAGUUUUAAAAUGCGGUGAAUGAAGAUGUCAGGGCACAAAAAGACGCUUUAGAAAACCUGAACACACAAGAGAACAUCAAGAAGGAUUCUAACAGGUACUUUGCCGAAAAAGUCUGAAAAAUUCUGAACUUUAUGAGCCAAAUUUAAGGUCUAAACAUUUGAGUGUGGAGUUCUCGAUCGAUACGAUCCAGGAUAACCAUGUCAAAAAUCCAAGAUUGCUAAUGUAAUUCGUCACCCAUGAUAUUAAUAGGUAACCAAAUGGCUCGGGAAAUUAUUAGGAUUUGGACAAAACGCGCGUGAAAUUAUCCCCUAAUUUCACUCGUCACCAUUUGAUUACACAUCCUAAUUUUCCGUUAUUUACCCUCGACUGAAUUAAUAGUGUUUAUACUAGUGGGGCUGAGAAAAUGCCUGAAAAAAAUUAAAAGUCAAACAUAAUGGGGUUAAGAAUCCCGUUGGACUGAGGUAAACUACUUGGUUAUUUACAAGUAUGGUCAAGGAUUUGAAUUCGGGGCUACUGAGAGCAAAUCCAGCUAUCGGUCAGGGCGGGAAUUGAACUUGGGGGUCUCUGCAUUGCAUCUCCAGCGUUCUAUACGCUCGGCCAGGCUGCCUCGUCCUAAAUUAGUAUAGUAAGCGUAUACUUAAUCUGUCUUUCGGAGGUGUUUGUUGUAAGCGUGCAGUGAAAUACAUGAAAGUCAUUGACUUGAAUGCUGGUGUUGUUAAAACGUUAUCAUACGCCACCUCCACAAUUGUCUCUUCAUGCUUCAAGCAUGUGCAUCUACCAUUGCUAUAAUGUUUGCUUUAACCUUUGCAGUAUACCCUGGCCAACUGAGUUAUUCUCGACGUUGUGUAUGAAGCAGUCAAAUGACCAUACUUCUUAUCCACCUGGUAAGUCUAAAUCUUUUGUUUUUUGGGUUAGUGCUGUCUCCAGUUAAAUUGUGUAUCUACCUUGGGCAACGUCUAAGGCGUUUUAUUUUUAGUAGUUGGGAUUCUAUUCAACAGUAAGUGUAAACAUGGGCAAAGAUGUAUGAAUUAAUUUGUUAUCGUAACUAUCUUUGCAUUAUUCUCAAAAUGGUAAGCUUUUUUCGUUGGAAACGCUUCGCUCCUGAGUAAAAUCAUGCUGGAAAAUGGCACCGACAAUAACACCAGCUUCUGUUUUCAGGAACUUAGAAGCUUUAUGGUAAACUUUUAAAAGUUCUGGUAAACUAACAGGGUAUUGGUAAUACGACAAUGAAAUUAGCAAGCUCAGCUUUUAAGUACUUUUUUUUUCAAUUCACAGUCAUAGUACAUGCCGUCCCUCAUGCUGUGUUAAUGCCAUGCGCACUGGGCGUGGCCUAUAAUGGACAAUGCGGCCAGGCCUGGUGUGUCAAGUGGAUUCCUCACUCCAUGCAUGAAAAAAUUGCAACGGGGUUUUCUGAUGGUAAAUAUCAUUUCUGUGAUUAACAAAGCAGCCCUUUUCAAACUUGAGGGUUUUGAACUAUCUUCAUCCCAAUGUCUCGGAAGUUUUGGCUUCACCCUAUCCCCUCAAGAAUUCCAAAACAUUUCGUUCGUUUUAGGUUGUUUUGAAUUUUCAUUGAAAAUCGCAAUGUGAAUUUUAGAAUAGGUAAAAAUCACAAGGGUCAAUGAGCGGGCGAUGUAGGGUCCAUGUGGGGUCAAUCUAGGGCUGAUGUUGGCUUCAUGUAGGGUCGAUAAGGAAUCGAUGUAGGAUCGAUAUAAGGUCGACAAUGUGAAGGAGGAGGAGGAUGCACACGAUCCAACCUUAUCCACCUUACGUAGACCCCCUACCCUUCUAUAUGCCACUCGCGGGAAAGUUGCUCAGUAGCUUCCAUUUAAAGGGUCCCACCGGAUUAUUUUGUUUGCAGACUCAAAACUUAGAUCCUUUUUCAGUUUGUUUUAAAGUAAAACAGUACCACAGGAGGGUAGUGCUCUUGAGUAGCUUUCAUUUAAGUGGUUAUACUUUUAGAUUUCGUAGGACUACCGCGGUAAAUACUGUUCAAUAAAUUGAAGGGUCAGACGGCAGAAUUUCAUCCAUAGAAUGUUAGAACCACAUGCCAUUUCACCAUAGGCAUACCGAACUCACUGCAGUGAGUUGCUUAAGUGACCAUCAAACAAUAGUUUCCAUGUUCGCAAUUCCCAAUGCCCAAAGCAACCUUCUGGGAUCAGCUUUGUAAGCCUGGCUGUAUAUUGUCCGUUCAGAGAUGACAACAUUUUCUACUUAUUUUUAUUUUGCUCUGUCAGUUUCCACACUUCCGUGGGCAAAUGAGUUGUAAGUUAAUGUGAACUAGUUAACAACAACGGUUCUUUUAAGAGGGCUAAUAUGAAGACAUUAUCAUAAGUUGACUAUAAUUAUGUAGCUCCACUAAAGUACAAAGCUAGCUGUCAUGUGAUAUGGCAUUGUCUUUUCAGGAACUGUGGCAAUCUGGAAUCUUAUGACAGAAUCACGUUUGUUAAAAAGACAAAAGGAUGAUGGAGGGAAGACGUUCUGUAAGUAACAGUUUUAGUAAGUAGAAAGGACUUGUGUUAACUUUCAUAUCCCAUUUGUUUUCUUUAGCAGAAAAGGAAGCAAAUAGAUCUAUAUAUUUUGUUUUUGCUAAAUGAUUGUGUUUGGUUCAAUUGUUGUCCAACGCAGGUCUGGCGCCUUUUCUCCAUAUUAUAACAAAUUCAUCAGUGGUCAGAAGCUUGGCGUGGUGUCCAGAAAAUCCAAAUAUUUUUGCCACAGGUAGGAAUAACUAAUUUCCUCCACUCAUAAAGCUGGUUUACACGUGUUUAAUGUGGCUUUUUAGUUAACCAGUAAAUUUAAAAGACGUUUCAAGACUAAGCUCUCAUCGUAACCUAUUUCGAAAAAGUGAUUUCUUUUGUCCCUUAAGGGGUCAUUAAUAAGUUCAGAUUAUAUGCACAGACUUUGCUGUCGUCGGGUUUCUUUCCUAGGUAGUUACGAUCGAGAAUACAAGGUAUGGAAUCUGACGAAUCCAUACAUGCCCAUUGUGACUUUCAGGCGAGGUGAGUAUUUCUCUCGAAGUUUUUUUAUUUUCGUGUGGUUUCUUUUCUUCAUGCUUUAAAGCAUCUUGUUCUGUACAUAGAGUCAGCUCUUUCAAAAAGAGACUGAUUUUCCGUUUUAGCGAGCCAUCUGCCUUAUAGAUACAAUGAGCAAAUCGCUGAACUAGUUUUCCGCUUGAUGAAGAAUUCCGUCUUGUAGAAGUGUUGAGGAGGUUGUCUGGAUUUUUGAAGCUUUUGUGUUACUUUUAGCCUUAUCUUUGCCUACUCAAUAAAGAUAAUCUCGUUCAAAUUUUAAAAAAAAACGUUUCGCCAUGUGCGAAAGGAACCAAUAUUAUCCUCGGCGGUUACUGUGUUUUUCACUUUUUUCGUUGGUUCUGUCAUUCAUUGUGUGGAAAAGACUAAAUGGAUUACCAAAAAUGGGCGACCCCUAAAAAGUUAAUUAAUUUCCUUUAUUGUGUUUGGUUGUUAUUGUUGAUGUUUUUGUUGAAUAUAUAUUUUGGGCCAUUAACAGCGUUUUAACGCUCAUCUGUUGCAGCACACACAACUGAAAUGUAUUGGUCUGUUGUCUCCGAGACCGUUAUGAGCAGCGAGGAUGAUUGUUAUCAAAGUACAAGGCUUCCUUGUAUCGUAAGAACCUUCAACUUUACAAACGAAAGAUCCUUCGCCAAAACCUCCAAAUCUACCAUUCACAACAGCACAAUCUGGGUACGUAUGAAAAUGUCACUGAAACAAGCCAUUCCCGAGUUCCAAAAACUCCCACUUUCAAAAAGAGGCUAAGUGUUGAACCUUUCUUGUGAAAAUGAUUUUUAUUUGUUGAGAAUAAAACUUCACUGUCACAUCACACUGCACUGUCAGAAAUACCAUUUUGUACAUGGCCUGGAUCAUAGAGUGUUGGAUUGUCGAUCUGACUGUCCAGAGCAGAGGUGGUAAAACACGUGUUAGUCUUUGCAGAUGAGGUCAACGAAGUUUCGGGCGAAAGGAGGUUUCUGGUUGGAAAAUCUUGGAGCCUCUAACUGGAGCAAAAUCACGGCUAAAGAAUGCGAAAAGUCCACGUCGUUUAACUGAAAAACGUCAUUGGUUAAACUCCCUUUUGUCGACCACAACUUCCCACUACCCUGACAUCCAAAAUAGGGCCUGAUCUCAGGCUACUUUCCCCACCCCACCCCACCCAUGAGCAAAAGAUCGAUUCUUGCCUACCCUACCCACACCUUGAUCGAACCUUUUGGUCUCCCUGUUCGCUUUGCGUCUAACUGAAGAGUUUGUACUUCCCUUUCCACACAGUCUGUACAUGUAUCCGACUGGGCGAAGCUACUUGCCUGUGGAGAUGCGUCCGGUGAAGUCGAAACAGUGAACCUCAGGAAGAAGCAAAGUGCCAAAUUUGUAAGUAAAUACCCUGUAUACUUACCAUAAGCUUCCGCUUACAAACCCUCGGCUUAUUUAUCAAGGAAGGGGUUUUUGGACGGCUUAUUACCGGAGGUGCUUACAUCCGAGGGGGGAUAUAACGGGAAUAGUAAAAGCGCUUAGGACAAGCUAUUCUUGGUUUACAACCACGUGACAAGGCGGCCAUGUUGGGGGUCAAUACAGUUGAAUUUUUUUCUCGCAGAAUUCACACGAAAAUGAACUUUGGUUCCCAGAGGAGAGAAAUGCUUUUGUCCUUGACUAGCCGUGACGUCUCGUGCAAACCAGCAAUAGUAGUGCUGAUCAAAACACUGGCUCCAAACUGCUCUAUAUAUAGCGACAGAAUAUGGUGUCUCUCCAAAGUGCUUUAUUAAUUGUAUUGUAUUUGUACCUUUAAACGGUGCCCUUGAUACUUAGACCGUAUUUUUACCUCUCCAACGUGCCUUUUAUAUGAGCGUGGCCUUUUCUUCUUGAGUACCCUUCUAAAGUACUGUUAUAAUUAGACCUUCUCUGUACCCUUUUAGAAUGCCCUUUAUAUUGGACCUUACCCCUCAAGGUGUCAGUUAUAGUUGGACCGUAUGUUUGCCUCUCCAAAUCGCCCUUUAUACGUACCCCUCCAAAUUGUUCUUGAUAAUUAUGAAAUUUUAAGUACCUCUCCGAAGUGCUUUUUGAUAUUUUCAUCCUCCCCCUCUGGACUCGCCCUUUUUUAUUAAGACGGUCACGAUCACACAUGACAAAACACUGUUGCCUUUAAGUUAUUACUAGUUGUUUCUUUGUUUGUUUCUGCAGGGUAUUUAUAGAGUAUACUUAGAAAAGCUUGAUCACGAUGGCGGAAAAGAAAGAGGACAGGAACAGGGCUCUCAGAACGAAGGUGCAUAUAUUGCAGGGACAGAGAAAGGGGAUACUAAUAAGGACCGUGAAAGUGCCGGUGAAAAGCAAGGCACGAAUCUCUCUGAGGGGUCAAAAGAAAAUUACCUGGAUACUUCCACUGGUAAAGAAGUGAAAGAUUUGUCUCUGCCACGAACCACUGAAGAAACGUUCCAGCAGUACAAGCUUGUCUUUUACGAUGUUAACACUGUAAGUCAUUUAGUGGAAAACGAAAGUAAACAGUCGUUGUUUUUGUAUCCACGUGAAUUUUAAAAUAGCUCAUGAGGAUAUUAAAGAUUGUUGAAGAUUGGUACAAAGGUAUAUUGGUAUGUUUUGUAGAUGAUUUGGUGAGUGCCGAUUAUCCUUGCCUUCAUUGAAAGUGAGGCUUGAUAGAAACCUUCCUUCUUUCUAAUUAAAAAUUGUGCUCUAGCGGACAGGAGUUGUAGCGAUUAAAUUUGAAAGAGAGCGACAACACCUUUCUAGUGACGGCUUUAACGCUGUCGUCGUCGCAACGCUGUCGUCGUCGCAUUUGCCUUAACUCGCUACUUAAACAUUUUUACAUACCUCGAAAUGGUAACUAGAGCUUUGCCAACAUGAACGUAGCACACCAGUUACUGGAUUUCCAGAGCCACUUUUACACAGAAGGCCAUUUUCGUCCCCAUCCAGUUCGUGCUAUCCGAGUAAGCAGAGGAGGCUUGGAACUGAGCGCGAUUAACAACCGAGGAAUACUGGGUACGAGGCUGAUGAAAGGAGUCUUUUUCCUUUUACAGAUUGAGUUUGCAGAUAUCGCCGACAAAUCCGAUCCGGAAGUGAAGCGUCAUUUAGACGUCAACUUACUGCAGUCUGCCCCUUACAACAACUUUACCAAUCCUCAAGCGAUUCUCAAGGUACGUAGGACUAUAUCAAUUACAUUACUCAGUGUCUUGUAACGCAAUCUUUCUAAACAGAACUUGUGUGUCAUGUUAUUCUUCUUUUUGUCGUGUGCUUUGAUUUGGCCUUGUUUGUUGUUCGAACUAAAUGCGCCUCUUAAGGUAAGUAGGACGAUAUCAAUUACAUUACUCAAAGUCUUGUAACGCAAUCUUCCUAAACAGAAAUUGUGUGUCACGUUAUUCUUCUUUUUGUCAUGUACUUUGAUUUGGUAUUGUUUGUUUUUCGAACUAAAUGCAAACAGACAAAGCAACAAAUAUUCUUUAAUGUAUUGGUAUAUUGCUGGAUAAGCAAAAUCAUUAUAUCCUGUGUGGUGAUAAGUUGGUAAAAUCACUUGCUUUUUCUGAUGUCUGGGUCUAUGAAACCUUAUCAAGAAAGUGUAAACGCGGCACACUUACACUUCGUCAAAUGUCCGUGUAAAAUGGUUGUCCGAUUUCUAAGGAGUCAAAUGAAAUAACUGAAGAGCUGCAGGGACAAAAAAGUAGGUGUCCGUCUUGUCGAGGUGUCCGUUUAUGGACAGAAAACACUUCCUUUAAAAUGCCGUUUUAUCCACACGUGCAUAUGUACAUAACAUAAAUAGAGAAAAAGGUAAAUUCCCUUGAAAAUAUCACGUGGUCCGCAUUUAGCAAACAAAACAUACAAUCCGAGAAGGUCUAUUUCAGUGGCGGGUCCAGGGGAGGGGCCCGGGUGGGCCGCCCCAUUUAUUUUAAAACCAAAUUCCCCCCCCCUUCCUCCCCCCCCCCGUCAUCUGAAGGUCUGGAUCUGCUACUGUGUUUAACCACAAAAUUUUGCUGUCCUGUUAGGUUCGCUUCAAUCCUAACAAACAAGCUUUCACCUGGCUUGCGUCUGGAGGGGCUGCAGGUCUUGCCAGACUUCACCUUGUAAAGCAGUUAAAAGACGCGUGA